GUUAACGCCGAACCCUAAUCCUCUUCCUAUUCAUUCCGAUCUUCGCCGCCGCUUCUACGCUGCUGCGAUGGGUCGCGUCAUCAGAGCCCAGAGGAAGGGAGCAGGCUCGGUUUUCAAGUCCCACACGCACCACCGGAAGGGGCCGGCCAGGUUCCGGAGUCUCGACUACGGGGAGCGCAAUGGAUACCUUAAGGGCGUGGUGACCGAAAUCAUCCACGACCCUGGCCGCGGCGCCCCCCUCGCUCGCGUUACCUUCCGACACCCAUUCCGCUUCAAGCUCCAGAAGGAGCUCUUCAUUGCCUCCGAGGGCAUGUACACCGGCCAGUUCGUCUACUGCGGCCGCAAAGCCAAUCUCAUGGUUGGUAACGUUCUCCCCCUCCGCUCCAUUCCCGAGGGCGCCGUCGUCUGCAACGUCGAGCACCAUGUUGGCGACCGCGGUGUCCUGGCCCGCGCUUCCGGUGACUACGCUAUCGUGAUCAGUCACAACCCAGACAAUGGAACAAGCAGGAUCAAGCUUCCAUCUGGUGCCAAGAAGAUUGUACCGAGCAAUUGCCGUGCCAUGAUUGGGCAGGUGGCUGGUGGUGGUAGAACUGAGAAGCCCCUUCUGAAGGCUGGCAAUGCCUAUCACAAGUUCAGAGUGAAGAGGAACUGCUGGCCUAAGGUCCGUGGUGUGGCCAUGAACCCAGUGGAGCAUCCCCACGGAGGAGGUAACCACCAGCACAUUGGUCAUGCCUCCACUGUUCGCCGCGACGCUCCACCCGGCCAGAAGGUGGGUCUUAUUGCUGCAAGGAGAACAGGUCGUCUCAGGGGACAGGCUGCCGCAACUGCAUCCAAGGCAGACAAGGUCUAGAUUGCAUGUGCUGAGGACUCAGGUGUUUGGUAUUUUCUGGUUGUCAUUCCUGUGUUAUGCAGGUUUUACUUAAUCUUAUGUUGGAUCCGUUUAGGUAUUGUGACAAAUUUGAUUUAUAAUCAACUACUUUGGUUUUGCGGUUC